UGUAAGUAAAAUAUUAAUCUCCUCUACAGUGGUGAGAAUUUUAUGGACUUCCAGGUCUCAAGAGAAAAGUGGUGUUUCAACAGGUGACCAAAUUGUAUGUUUUCUGGUCUUUACAGGUCAACAUACAGAGCUGCAAUAUCUCAAGUUGAUAUAAUGAACAACCAGGAGGAUGGUGUUCUACAUUGCUGGAGAUGUAGGAAAUAUAUAGCAAAUUCUAUUUUUCUUGCAAAAUGUAAUGGGAAAAAACCAUCCAAAAUAUCACAAUCUUCAGCUGCUGCUCAGAAUUCUUGCAAUGUAUGGCAUGUGAGCUUAAAAGCCAUUCCAGAGUGGGUGAAAUGUGUCAUUGAAAAGGCACAGUGGACAAUUGGAAAACUGCACUGUCCAUUCUGUGAGGCCUGCUUGGGGGGCUUUAACUUUGGUUGCAACAAUGAAUGUUCCUGUGGACAGUUAGUAAAUAGAUAUUUAUGCAACACUUGGACUGAGCAUCAGCCACCUUUCUCUGUUAAAUUGUCAAAAUCAUCAGAAAAACAUUUGCUUCUCAAAAUUCAGUCGGGUUUUAAUAAGGAUACGUGCCAUGAAGUGGUAACUGCAACUUUAGAAAUCAAAAAUUACGGACUUUCCUACACAGCUGGAAGUAAUAACAGUGCUGGAAGAUUAACAGAAGCACUUUGUCUAGAAGCAAGAGCUCCCAGGUAUGAGAUAGAAAGUACAAAACUUCCCUUAAAGGCAUUAAGUGAAAAAAGAAAUCUUCCAUCUUCCUAUCCUAUAAAAGAUGCAUACACUGUAAGUCCUUUUCACAGAAGAUCACGUAGCUUGGAUUUAAAUAUCAGAGAAAGACUUGUUUUGUCACCUAUGUUUUAUGAAACUUGCAGCAUGGGAACACUUUAUUGUGGCCAAAAUGAAAAUCCACCUGCUUACAUACAAGGGAGCUUGCAAUUAGAGUCCAAUUGGAAAGAUGGUCGUUCUUUACAGGAUCUGUAUAGUUCCAGUGCUGACAUGCUACAAAACCAAUUUCAAGUUACUUCCAUUACCAAAUUACUACACAAAGAAACAGAAAAUGAGUGUGAUUUUGAAGUUACUGGACAAUCUUCUGGGAGUGUCAUUGCUGAUGGGUCACCAUUUGUGAUUAAUCUUUCCUCACCUACAAGGGCUGUAGAAGACAAACAGUACAUCAUACCUGGUGGUCUUGUGCAGCCUGCAAGUAUUUCCUUCAACCAAAAGCUGAGUAAGAGAGAAAGAAACAAGUCAAAAAGCCUGAGGGGAAAACAAAGAAGGCAAGAGCAAUGUCUACGGAAGCAACCUGCAAAUGAUAACCUGCAUACAGAUGAUGAGCAUGAACUCAGAGGAGAUAAAGAAAGCUAUCUCUGUGCUGUGUGUCUGGAUGUUUAUUUCAAUCCUUACAUGUGCUAUCCAUGCCACCAUAUCUUUUGUGAGCCUUGCUUAAGGAUGCUUGCCAAAGACAACCCAGCCAGCACACCAUGUCCACUGUGUCGCACUACAAUUGCCAGAGUCUUUUUCCAAACAGAUCUGAAUAACUCUACCAGAUCUUUUUUCCCUAUGGAAUAUUUGAAUGUAAAGGAAAAUUUUCAAAAAUCCAAUUCUGCUAAAUGGCCUCUACCAAGCUGCAAGAAAGCAUUCAGAGUUUUUGAAGCAGGUUUUCGAAGGCACUCAAAUACUGUAACAAGGAGGCAUUUCCCACAUGCUGCUCACAGGAUGGACUAUAUGGACUUUGAGGAUGAUAGCCGUGGAUGGCGGUUUGAUAUGGACUUGGUCAUCAUCUACAUUUAUUCAGUCAACUGGAUAAUAGGAUUUAUUGUUUUCUGUUUCCUUUGUUAUUUCUUUUUCCCUCUUUAGGCUGUAGAAAUAACAGUUUAGGAACAUGACAGUCAUGUGAACCAAAAAAUUGUGAAUAGAUAAAUAUUGAAAAAGGUAAGAUACUGCAUUUUUAUCAUUCAGAAUUGGAAUAGACUGCAUCAAGCAUGCUGUGAAGCUGUUUGAUACUUCUGCUAUAUGUGGCAAAGUACUUGAGUUUGGUUACAAAUGUAAUGUGAAAUCCACAUCAUACUUCAUUCAGUGGGAGUUCUGCCUUUUGGGAGAUUUUGAUAGGAAAAGAAUUUACCCCUAAUUUAUAAAAUUAUUACUCUGUAGAAGUACUCCCAGGUUUUAGGGGAUGUCUGCAUACUACAAAAGAAUGUCAUCUACAGAGUCAUGUAGGGGUUUAACUCUGUGUUGACACACUUUGCUCACUCAUUGGUGCUUCAAUUCCUCAUACAUAAAAGCAGUAAAGAUGCUUCCCAUUUUUACUCAGACCUUUUGGGAGCAGGAGCAGUGCUGUACUAUGCAUUAUAUAGACAUUAAUCAUAUUUCAGUGGCAUGAUCCAAAUCCUGGGAAAUUUUGACAACUGAUAGACCUGUCAGCAUUCCACUGUGGAUAUUUUGAGCCUAUUAACCAAAAAGAAAAAUUGUACUGCAGUGUGCUGACAGUUAAUCUUUUCAGCAAAUAGGAAUCAAAAGGAAUCAACUAACAACCACAAGUUAUGCACAAUAAGAGGACCAUUUUUGUGUAGAUUGCCAGUGCAGCACUGUACCUUUUUUACCCAUUCAGAUGAGUGUGUUUGGAUCUAGCAAGACAGCUGCUGGAGGGCAAGCAGCAGGCCUUCCAGCUAUGAUGCUGAGACACUGACCCAAAUAAAAACUGGAGACAGAAGCAUUCUCCAGUGUAAGAAAUCAGUAUCAGUAUUAAAUUGCUGUAAUCAUUGAGGAUACUUUUAAAUGUGAGCUCUCCAGGACUUUAUGUCUCGGGGGAGAGUACAUAAGAGGGCACAGUAUUUAUUUGCUCCUUUCUUGUGAAAUGAUUCUAAAGCACUUUAUAGUUAUUCU